AAACGGAAAUGACUGGUCAUCACUUCACCCAACAGACAGAAAGCAAAGCCAGCACAGCUGUUUUACUAUUUUUGUUUUUCAUAUUAAUUUUUCUUCCGUAAAGCGAUGCCCCCAGAAUCUUCACACAAAUCUUUCACAGUUACUCACUGACUCACUCAUUCAUCAGCCGCAAACAACAAAUAAAUACCACCCUCUCCCACAUCCAUUCACAACACAAACCUAACAUAUGCUUCAAAUUUCAAACUACCCAAUUCUCAGUUGCCAAAAAUGGUGCGUGUCAAAGAAGCUCAUGUUGUCACACCGUCAGACCCCACACCCGACACUGUUCUUGCACUCUCAGCACUCGACUCUCAACUCUUCUUGCGCUUCACAAUCGAGUAUCUCCUUGUUUACAGGCCCGGCCAGGGCCUCGACCGCCCUUCAACCGCCACUCGUUUAAAAACCGCAUUAGCUAAAGCCCUCGUUCCUUAUUAUCCAUUUGCUGGAAGAGUCCGGCCCCAUCCCCAGGGGCUGGGCCUCGAGGUCGUUUGUCGGGCCCAGGGCGCUGUCUUCAUCGAAGCCUCUUCCGAACGCUACAGUGUCAAUGAUUUCCAAAAGGCCCCCAAAACAGUGGCCCAAUGGAGAAAGCUCUUAUCCCUCUACGUCACUGACGUCCUCAAAGGCUCGCCUAUUCUCGUCGUCCAGCUCACCUGGCUCGCCGACGGAGGCGCCGCCGUCGGCGUCGGAAUCAACCACUGCAUCUGCGACGGCAUCGGCAGCGCUGAGUUUCUGAAUUAUUUCUCCGAUUUAGCCUCGGAGAAAUGUCAGGGUCUGGGUCUCGGUGUGAGUGUGGAUCCGAAGCCGAAACCGGUUUGGGAUAGACAUCUUCUGAUUCCGGAUAAGCGAGGCGAGGCGAAUCCAGCGAUGCAUGCUGAGUUUUGUGGAGUUCCUGAUUUGUGCGGGUUUAUGAACCGUGUGACGAGCAGGCUGAAACCUACUUGCAUUGUGUUGGACGAGAGACGCAUCGAGGCGCUGAAGCGCGCGUGCGGAGGAGAGUCGUGCACGUCCUUCGAGGUAGUGGCCGCGCACGUGUGGAGGAGCUGGGCUCGGGCGUUAGGGUUUCCGAAGAACCAGACGCUGAAGCUUUUGUUCAGCGUGAACGUGCGGAAGCGCGUGAAGCCGGGUUUGCCGGAGGGGUACUAUGGGAACGCGUUUGUGUUGGGGUGCGCGCAGAGCAGCGCGUGGGAGUUGGGGGAGAGAGGGGUGGCUCACGUGUGGAGUGCGGUGAAGCGUGCGAAAGAGAGGGUGGAUAGCGAGCACGUGCGGAGGGUCGUUGAGUUGGUUUCCGAGUCAAGGGCGAGUCCUGACUCGGUGGGGGUGCUGAUUCUGUCGCAGUGGUCGAGACUGGGUUUGGAGAGGGUUGAACUAGGAAUGGGAAAGCCUCUGCAUGUGGGACCCAUUUGCUGCGAUAGGUACUGUUUGUUUCUUCCGGUUACCGGUGAACGCCACAGCGUGAAGGUGAUGGUGGCCGUCCCCAGCGCCGCCGUUGGCAAUUUCCAUCGCUUCCUCCGGGAAUCCAAUUCUUGACCCAACCACAACUUCCUGUGUUACGUUGACCUCUGUAAUUAUUAUGUUUUACAAAAAUAAAUAAAUUUCCACUUUUCCUUUCUAAA